GGUCCAUUUCAGGAGUGUUGUUUUUUGUGCUUUGUUCGGACGGGAUUCCAGAAAGGUGAUGUCAUGACUGCAAGUGCAUUGGGCUGGAGUGGGGGAGGGCUGUGCAAGGUCCCCCGACUCACUUUCUGCCUUCGGGUGCAGUGAUCAGCAGUAAGUCAAGCCCGGAUGGAGAAUACCGAGAGUACAAACCCAGCAGAGAGAAUCUUCAGAGAGUUCCCUGAGGUUCAGAAACAGAUUGGCUUUUGGUUGUAGUAAAGCUCAACGGGUGGGAGCCAGGGGACAAAGUGGGGAAGGGCUGGCUCCUCGAGGUCACAGGAGUCGGCAGGGGAGCCCGGCCGGAGUAGGAGACCCUGAGGCUGCCCCGAGAGCGAAAUCCCAAGGCUUCAAUCCGGUUCUACGGGAGGAGCGGCAAAUCCCAGUUUGGACCACGUGCUCCCCGUCGGGGGCGGAGCCGCGGAUCUGCGGGGUUGGGCUCUCGUCGGCCGCCGUCGCGAGGCGGACCCGGAAGACGCUUAGGAGGUGACAGAGACCAGGAGACAGAACUCUGCCCCGAGAUGGAGUUCGACAGCGAGAGAGUGCGGCGGCAGCUGAGCAAGUACAAAUUCAGGGAUCUAACAAUGGAAGAAUUAAUGAAAGUAAAUAUGUUCUAUCCAAAUUUUAGAUUCUCCAUGGACACUUACGUUUUCAAAGACAGUUCUCAGAAAGAUCUGUUGAAUUUUACUGGCACUAUUCCUGUGAACUAUCAGGGUAAUACAUAUAAUAUCCCAAUUCACUUGUGGAUUUUGGAUUCUCACCCUUUUGCACCCCCCAUUUGCUUCUUGAAGCCAACUCCAAACAUGGGAAUCUCAGUGGGAAAACAUGUGGAUGCUCAGGGCAGAAUAUAUCUGCCCUAUCUACAAAAUUGGAGCCAUCCUAAAUCAGUCAUCACGGGGUUAAUCAGUGAAAUGAUUAUCAAGUUUCAGGAGGAGCUUCCUCUGUAUUCCUUAUCGGCUUCUGAUGAGGCUCAGCAGGUAGAAUUGCUAGCCUAUAUUUCAAAAAUCACUCAAGGUAUUUCUGACAUAAAUUCAAAAAGUCAAGAAAACAAAAGUGUCAACAAAAUUACUGUGGUUGGAAGUGGAGAGUUGGGAAUUGCUUGUGUAUUAUCAAUUUUAGCAAAGGGUAUUGCAGACAAGAUAGUCCUUAUAGAAUUUUCAGAAGGAACAAAAGGAGGAACAAUGGACAUGGACAUUUUUGAAUUGCAAAAUGUGGAAAUCAGCAAAGACUUGUCUGCCUCUUGGAAUUCUAAAGUGGUGAUCUUCACAGUUAACGCCUUAGGCAAUUCUCAGACCUACCUUGAUGUUGUACAGAAUAAUGUGGACAUGUUCAGGGAGCUGGUUCCAGCCUUAGGACAUUACAGCCCACAGUGUGUCAUACUUGUUGCCUCUCAACCAGUUGAAAUCAUGACAUAUGCAGCAUGGAAACUGAGUGCCUUUCCUGAAAACCGAGUGAUAGGAAUUGGAUGCAAUCUGGAUUCAAAGAGAUUUCAAUAUAUUCUUACAAAUAUUUUGAAAGCACAGAACUCAGGAAAGGAAAUGUGGAUUAUUGGUGAACAAGGGGAAAACAAAGUACCUCUGUGGACUGGUCAGGAAGAAGCAAUGGAUCCCAACUUCCAGGUGCAGUUGUCCAACAGAGCCAUGGAAAUAUUAAAAGUAAAAGUUCAAAGAUCCUGGUCUGUUGGUCUUUCCGUGUCUGACCUACUGGAUAGUAUCAUAAACAAUAAAAGGAAAGUUCAUUCCGUAUCAAUUUUAGCAAAGGGGUAUUAUAACAUAAACAGUGAAGUAUUUUUAAGCUUGCCUUGCAUCCUUGGAGACAAAGGUGUAUAUGAAGUCAUCAAAGCCACAGCGAAGGAAGAUGUGACUGAGAAACUCCAGAGCAGCGCGUCAUCACUUUAUAGUCUCCAAAGCCAACUGAAACUUUAAAAAGGAUUUUUAAUCUUGUGAUUUCUGACACUGAAGUAUACAGUUUUAUAAAAAGCAUGGCAAAGGAGGUGGUUUUGAGUUUCUUUUUAUUCAUAUCACUACUUAAUCCUGUCAGUGCUUUAUUCCUUUUUUAUAGAGAAAGCACAUGCCAUCAUAGUGGCUUUUUUGAUUAGCACAAUUAUUUGAAUAUACCUUUAAAUUUUUUUUUUUUUUACUGUGGUGAUUCCUGUAAGUCUAUGCUUACUAUGCACACUAUGCAGUACUAUGGAUACUGCAGUAUGUUUCAUUUUUAAAUAUGUAUCAUAACACAAACAUAAAAUUAACAUUUGGGAAAUAUUUUGAAAAUGCUAAGUUAUUUCUUAGUUUAAAACUGAAAUUUAACAAUUUAAGUGUGUUGUUUUUUAAAAGAUCUUGUAUAACUACAAUUAUUAGAUUUGCACUAAAUUUCUACAGUUGAUUCAAGGAUUAUGCAACUUUUAAUAAUGAUCUGUGUUUUGCUAAUAAUUGAACAUCGUAUUAGUAAAUUAUUUCAUUCAAAUAUUUAAUAAGCAGCUACAGCUAUGUACAUAGCACUUCAUAUUCUUUUUUUUUUUUUUUUUUGCGGAGGCAAUUGGGGUUGAGUGACUUGCCCGGGUCACAUAGCUAGGGAGUGUUAAGUGCCUGAGGCUAGAUUUGAACUCUGGCCCUCCUGAUUUCAGGGCUGCUGCUGUAGCAACUGCACCAUCUAGCUGCCCCCAACACUUCAUAUUCUUUAAUUGAAGUAACUACCAAAAAGGAACAGAUUUGUCAUAAAUUUUAGAACAAUGAAAUGAAUUUUGUUUGGAUAUUUCAAUGAAAAGAAAUACCUAGUUUUGUCUGCCACAAGCAAUUUUAUUUAUUUUCAUUUCAGUUUAAUAUCUGAGUAUUUCUAGCUUAAAGAGAGAAAUGUCCGAAAUGCCAUAGUCUUCCCUGACCCCUCCCCUCUAUGCCAUUGGACAUGUCUCUAUCCCAAGGUAAUUUGAUAGAAUAUUUAUAGAAAUGAACAAGCAAAAUGUCAUUCUGUAUUAGAGCUUUAAUAUUGUUGCAGGUUAAUUUUCUUUCUUUCUUUCUUUUUUUUUUUUUUUUUUUUUUUGCUGAGGCAAUUGGUGUUAAAAAAAAAACCCAGAGUCACUCAGCUAAGAAGUGUUACGUGUCUGAGACCAGAUUUGAAUUCAGGUUCUCCUGACUUCAGGGCUGGUAGGCAGGUUAAUUCUUGAAAAAAUAUUAAUAUUGUACUGGGGUUUUUUAGGUUUGCUAGAAACAAUUUUAUUUAAUAUUAAUUUAAUAUAAUCAAGCAUUUUUACUUAGUAAAUAUCAUUUUGGGUCAGUACUCUAUUUCACCAAAUAAAAUAGACAAUCAUUUGAUAACUAUUCAGUUCUUUCCUUCAAGCUAAUUAAUGUAAGUUUGGGGUUAUUAAUAUUUUAAAUAAAAUUAUUUCUGGGGCUUGCUCCAGUUAUUUGGUUGACAAUAUGUUUUGUUCCAGUAGAACAUAGACUCUUUAGGGGCAAGAACUGUUUUAUUUUUGUCCUUGUUUUCCCAGUACAAUCCCUGUACAUAGUAAGAACUUGAAAAAUGCUUUUUAAUUGAAGAAAGUGCUAUGUAAAUGAGAAAAAUAAUAAAGGAUUAAGUUAAUGCUUGGCGAUA